UAAUGGGGUUCCUACACUUGUGCUGCUUAUUGUUUCUAUAGAGAUCUAAUACCUCUUCUUUGACCUAGUAUGUUAUGUUUCGCUCAACACAUCAUGUACAUUCUCCUUAAACAAAAUUCUUUAUUUUUUUUGCCUCUCAAGAAUAAUAAUCAUAAAUGUGUUUAUUUAUAUGCUGGAUCUCGUCUCAUCUCAUCUGCUAGAUGAUGAAAAACAAUGUGUUAUGGCCAAUAAAGAAAAGCAAGUAGUUGUAUAGUGAGGGAAAAAAGGAAGGGAAAGAAUGUUACACAGAGCAGCAAGAAAUGCAUAUUCAUGGUGGUGGGCUAGCCAUAUUAGAACAAAGCAGUCAAAAUGGCUGGAUCAAAACCUCCAAGAUAUGGAGGAGAAGGUUGAAUAUGUACUCAAAAUCAUAGACGAGGAUGGAGAAUCCUUUGCAAGCCGCGCAGAGAUGUAUUACAGAAGAAGGCCUGAGCUUUUGAACUUCGUAGAAGAUUUUUUCCGGAGUUACAGAGCUUUGGCAGAGAGAUUUGAUCAUUUAUCCAAAGAUCUUCAGACUGCUAAUCGAACCAUUGCUACUGUUUACCCCGAGAGAGUUCAACUGUCGAUGGAGGAUGAAGAUGGAGAACAUUUUCUUGCUGCAAUAGAACCUCAUAAUGAAUCUAAUGAUCCUCCCAAAAGCUUACCAGCCGCGCCAAAGUUAAGUGUCCCAAAAGUUCCUUCUUUUGCCAAACGAAACGCCAAACCUUCAAGAUUAAUGUCAAAGAAGGGACUGAUCAAAUUCAAUGUUGACGAUGCAAUUGCUGCUGCUCGUCCAACUUCAGGUCUGAAAAAGUCUGAGGCACUCCAGGAAAUCGAUAGGCUUCAGAAGGAGAUUUUGGGACUUCAGACUGAGAAAGAGUUUAUCAAGAGCUCAUACGAAAAUGGGCUAGCGAGGUAUUGGGAAAUUGAAGAACAUGUCACCGAGAUGCAAACAAAAGUUAGCAGCUUGCAAGAUGAGUUUGGCAUUGGCACGAUGAUUGAGGAUGAAGAAGCUCGGACAUUGAUGACUGCCACAGCUCUCAACUCUUGCCAAGACACCUUGGCUCGGUUGCAGGAAAAGCAGAAGCAAUCAGUGGAAGAUGUCAUCGCUGAGCAUCAAAAAAUAUUAGAGGUCCUCGGAAAAUUUGAGACUCUAAAGGGAAAAUUUGUCAGUCACCUGCCACAUCCACAAGUCCUCUCUGAAGUAAAUAAGUCUUCUAAUCCAGAUUCAGAAUUGAAGAAGCUGAACCGUCAAGUGGAAACUUCUGAAACAGAGAAGCAUAAUCCAGAGAAAGUGCAUUCGAAAGUUAAGGAGUUGCAAGCUAAUUCUGCCACUUCUUCCAUGUCCGAUUUGGCAGAGAAGGUUGAUGAACUUGUUGAUAAAGUCAUAUAUUUGGAAAGCGCACUCUCUUCCCAGAAUGCUUAUGUAAAUAGAUUAAGAGCAGAGACAAAUGAACUUCAUUCACAUCUGACCAAAGCCGAGGAGGAGAAGGGGACUUUGGUUGAAGAUUCAGGGAGCAUGAGCAAGAGGAUAAGACAACUAGAGGAAGAACUUCUCAGUGUUCAGAAUCUCAAAGACUAUCACCACCAACCUCAUCUUACUGAAGCAAGUUGCAGUUUUGAUGAUCUCUCUGAGAAAUUGCACAAUAAGAGGAAAGAUGAAGACGUCAAAGAUACUUUGCCAUCCAAUAAAGUAAUCGGCGUUUCAGGUGUCGAUAAGGCAGAGCACUUUCAAGCUCAAGAAGCAACCAUUCCGGGAGCAAAUGUUCUGGGUAGCUCCAAAGGUAUAAGCAGUAAGGAUUGUCUGAAGAAAGAAGUCUUGCAAGAACAGGAGGGUUGUCUUGAAGUUGACCAGCAAAACUUUGUUAAAAGCCACUUGAGCAACGAUGCUCGAGAUGGACAGACGGGUGUCGCUUUAGAAGCUAACCAGGGUGUUUCAAGUGUCUAUAAGGCAAAGCAGUUUCAGGUUCAUGAAACGAUCAUUGCAGAAAGAAAUGUUCUAGGUAUCUCCAAAGGUGUUAGUACUAACGACCGUCUGAAGAAAGAAGGCUUGCAACAACCGGAAGGUUAUCUUGAAGAUGACCAGCAAAAUUAUGCGGAAAGCCACUCGAGCAACGAUACUCAAGAUGGAAAGAGGAUUGGCACUUUAGAAGCUAACUACGGAGUUUCAGGUGUCGAUAAGGCAAAGCAGUUUCAGGUUCAUGAAGCAGUCAUUCCCAGAGCAAAUGUUCAAGGUAUCUCCAAAGGUGUUUGUACUAACGACGGUCUGAAGAAAGAAGGCUUUCAACAACCGGAAGGUUGUCCUGAAGAUGACCAGCAAAACUAUGCGGAAAGCCACUCGAGCAACUAUACUCGAGAUGGAAAGAGGGCUGGCACUUUAGAAGCUAACCAUGGAGUUUCAGGUGUCGAUAAGGCAAAGCAGUUUCAGGUUCAUGAAGCAGUCAUUCCUGGAGAAAAUGUUCUACGUAUCUCCAAAGGUGUAAAUAGUAAGGAAGGUCUGAAGAAAGAAGUCGUGCAACAACUGGAAGGUUGUCUUGAAGAUGACCACCAAAACCACGUUGGAAGCCACUUGAGCAACGAUUCUCGAGAUGGACAGACGGGUGGCACUUUAGAAGCUAACCAGGGAUCAGGAUUGACAGACAAAGAGAUGAUGACCAUGACUACCCCCCAUUUGGUGGCAUCAGAAGGUGUACGUGUGAGGGAGAAAUUGAAGACAGAUAUAUGUGCAGAUCAAGAUCAUUCUGGAAAAGCUGAAUAUACUAUGUACACGGACUCCAAAUUUGGUAAUGCCUAUAAUAGUUUUCAAUCUGAAGAUGCUGCUGCCAGUCAACAAAACUAUUACAAAGGAACUGAAUAUAAUGUCAAGUCUCCUGAUUAUGAUGCAAUGAUCUCAAAGCAAAUCGGGAUUGGACAGGAAGCAAAGAAACAAGAUAACCUCAUCCCAUUUGAAGAUAAAGAAGAAAAGUUUCCAAAAGCCGAUCUUCAAAAUGACCAAGACAAUUUUCCCAAAAAUGGCCCUUUGGAGGAAGCAGCGGAUGUUGGGAUAGAAAAAGGUUUUGACAGAAGUCAACACGGGCAUGUCGAGCAAAGGUGGACAAAUGAUACUGCUAACAGAAGUGAUGAUUUUCCCGGUUCUGCUCCUGUUAAUCAGAAGAAGGAUUCCAAAGAAAGUGAAUGUGUCACAUCUCCUGGUUGUGAUGCAAUGAUCUCAAAGCAAAUCAGAAUGGGAGAGGAAGCAAAGAAACAGGAUAUUUGGGAUAACCUCAUCAAAGGUAAAGCAGAAAAGUUGUCCAUAUCCGACCUUCAGUAUGAUCAUGACGAUUUAACAAAAACUGGUUUUGCAAAGGAUGCAGAAGAAGUUGAGAUAGAAAAAGGGUUUGGCAAAUGUCAAGACGUGCAUGUUACAGACCAUGGCUCAGCCACCAGGAAAAAUGUCGGGAAGGUCGAGCAAACGGGCACAAACUAUCUAGCAGACAGAAGGGACGAUUUUCCCAGUUCUAUCAAAGAUAAAGAAGAAAAGUUUACUAAAACCAACCAUCAGAAUCACCUGAAUGAUUUUUUCCAGGACACGCCAUCAACGGAUUCUCCAGAUGUCAAUAUAGAGAGAGGAUUUGUUGGAAGUGAAAGUUUUCUUAUUUCAAAUGAUGACUUGGCCACAAAAAGACAUGUGAAGAAGGAAAAGCAAGCCGGGGCAAAAGAUGCUGCGGACAAGCAUGAUCAUUUGAACAUUUCUGUUGAAGGUAAAGAAGAAAAGCUUUACAAAACCUACCACCAAAAUUAUACAAUGAAUCGUUCCCAGAAUUCUCCACUGAGGAAUUCUCCCGAGGCUAAGAUGGAAAUGAGUUUUGGUGAAAGUGAGAUACAUGUUUCAGAUAAUGAAUCCGCCAUCAGAAGAGAUAUGAGAAUGGAAGAGCAUGCUGGCACCACAGCUAAUGCAGAGAAGAGUGAUUGUUCGCACAUUCCCCCGGAAGGUAAAGAAGAAAAUAUUCAGAAAUCCAACCAUCCGAUUAACCAGUAUGAUCUCCCUAUAAGGAAUGCUGCCGAGAUCAAGAUGGAGAAGGCAUUUCGUGAAAGGGAACGCAUAAAUAUUUCAGAUGAUUUCUCAGCUAUCAGAGAAGAGAGAACAGACGAGCUAGCAGUGAGGGACGAUCCACAUGCAGAGAUGGAGGAAUCCGACAAAAGUCGGUCUUUGAGUUCAUCCAAUGAUUCAGCUAUCUCAAAAGAUGUUAGAGUUGAACAGCAAGCAAGCAGAAUUAAUGUUGCAGACAAGUGUGCUUCUUCUACAAGCGAAGAGGGGAAAAUCUCUUCCGACCAAGGAAGUUAUUUCAAUGAUCUAUUGCAGGUUAGUCCAUCUGGAGCUACUCAAGAUGAGAUUUCAGGAAGGGGAUUCAAGGAAAAUGUUCAUACAACGAAUCCUCCUCGUCAUGAUUCAAUAUUCUUUAAAGACGCGGAGAUACAACUUCAGAAGCUGGAAUAUGAUCCUUCCAAUUCAGAGAAUUACCGUGAUAACAUACAGGUGAAAGGUCAAGGAAGCACUCUUCAGAAGUCCACUCCAGAAAAAUCUUACCAAGAUGAAGGUACAGGAGCAUCCAUCAGUGGCUCAGGGACCUCAAUCGGUAUGGACGACAAAGGUAGAGAGAAGGUAGGUGAUGAUCAUGAUGUCAAUGUAGCGGUUGGAUCUGCCACAGAAAGUUUCUCCAAAUUGAAUGAAAGCAAGCAAUCAGAAAAAUCUUUAAGAAAAAUAGAUUUCCGGAACAAUAUCAAGUCAGAGGAGCAAACCAAUGAUUUCAUUCAAGUAAAAACAGAUGGCGACUUUCCACAAACCAAUUGGCAUAACCAACUUGAAAAACAUUCAGCAAAGGUCCAAGUGAGAGAUAUUCCAAGCACUGGCUCCGAUAACGAGCUAGAAGAAUGGGAAAGUAUUUUAGAUAAUCUUCCAUCCGUCUUAAAAGAUAGUAAGAGAGAAGACGUACACAAGGAUGAAUUCUCAGAUCAAGGGAAUCAAGAGUUCAGGACAGUUCACAACGGGCUCUACAUGGAACAAGAUGAAUCGGGAUUAGAGGAUGACCAACCAAACUGGAGAGAACUGUUCCUAAACAGCCUGGAUGACAGAGAGAAGAUACUACUUGAGGAGUACACAUCAGUUCUUCGGAAUUUCAAGGGUGUGAAGAAGAAGCUCAAUGAUGCGGAGAAGAAAAGGAGAGCGAGCCACUUCCAAUAUGUUGUGCAGAUGAAAGUUCUAAAGAAUGCUAAUGCCUUGAAGGAUGCACAGAUUCUGUCCUUACAGCACAGAUUGAACUUGCUUCAGUCAAAAGAUGUUGAAACAGAGUUCUUGGAUAAAGCACUCUCACAUUCCACUGACAUGAGAACGGAAGAAACUGCACCAGAAGAGACAAGAAUCUUAGAUAUUGGGGACGAUGACGGAGAUAUCAAAGUUACUGAUGUUGAUGAAACACACUCCUUCACUACUGUUGAGGAGAAAGUACGGAUGGACAUUGAUGAUUUGCUGGAGGAGAACAUAGAGUUGUGGCUCAGAUUUAGCACCUCAUUUCAUCAACUACAUAAGUUUCAAACUUCAGUUCAGGAUCUACAAGCUGAAAUAAAGAAAGUGAAGGAAGAAUGCAAUCAAGAUACAGGUCAACCACAGUCGCUACUCUCAGGCAUCCGCCCAAUCUAUAGACAUCUAAGAGAGAUACAAACUGAGUUGACCUUGUGGUUGGACCAUAAUGCAAUGCUGAAAGAUGACUUACAGCACAGGUUAUCAUCUCUAUCUAAUAUUCUCGAUGUGAUAACAAGACUGUCAAAGUCAGGGUCUAAAGAGAAUGAUCCAGUGCUGAAUGCCUAUCAAGCAGCAAAAUUUCAAGGUGAGAUUUUAAACAUGAAGCAGGAGAACAAUAAGCUAGCAGGUGAACUCGAAGUAGCCAUUGAAUGUAUACGGAAACUCCAAGAUGAGAUCCGGAGCACAUUGUCAAACCUGGACGAAGAACUUGGGCUGAAAAACCAACAAGCAAGGCCUCGAUCUAGAAUUCCCCUGAGGUCCUUCUUGUUUGGAGUGAAGUUGAAGAAUAAGAGGCCAUCCAUAUUUUCCUGUGUAAAUCCAGCAUUGCAGAAACAGUACAGCGAUUUAACAGCAGUACCAAAAUAGAUGACUUUUUAGCAGCAGUAGCUAAAUAGAUGUCUCUUGUUUCCCCUUCUUUUCUCUCCCCUUUAGCUCUCUUGUAGUCAAUUCUUAAUAUUUGAAAAUUUAUUGAAGGGAAAGAGGUGACCUGCCUUUAUUGAGUAGGAGUGCCAGAUUUUCUCGUGAAUUAAAGAAUUGCCAUGUUCUUAUUUUCAA